AACCGGAACCGGAAACACUGCGGAGAUGGCGAGCCGCAGAACGAAAUAUGUGAGAAUGAAACAGUCCUUUUAGCCUUUUCAGCCCUUCAUUUUUAGAUUUUUAUCCACUUUUAGCUCUUAUAUCCUGUACCUUUUUGGUUUUGGCCUGUAAAGGGAAGGAUGAGUGCUGAGGCGGCUGACCGGGUGGCUGCUGUGACCAGCAGUAGGCCCAGCACGCCUCUUCAGACCUCCUGGUUUGAGUUCCUGCUGGACAGUAGCCUGCUGGAGUCACACUUACAGAAGUCAUACCCAGACCCCACACCAGUGCAGCUGAUCGUUCAGUUCCUGGAGCAGGCGUCUAAGCCCUCAGUGAACGAGCAGAACCAGGUGCAGCCUCCAGCAGACAACCGCAGGAACCGAACCCUGAAGCUGCUGGCACUGAAGGUCGCUGCGCACAUGAAGUGGGAUCUGGACGUUCUUGAAAAAGGUUUGACCAUUCCAGUAUUAAACAUGUUACUGAACGAGCUCCUGUGUGUGAGCAAAGUACCACCAGGGGUCAAACACGUGGACCUGGAACUGUCCACUCUGCCUCCUACUACAGCCAUGGCUGUCAUCAUUUACAACCGCUGGGCCAUCAGAACCAUCGUGCUGAGCAGCUUCCCAGAAAAACAGAACAAACCUGGACCUCACCAAAUGAACAUGUUAAACAUCGUGCAGCAGGAAAAAGAAAUGACAGACAACAUCCUUACUGUGCUGAAAGAGCAGGCGAAUGACUCCAUCAGCGUCCUAGAAGGAGCGGUGCAUCUGAAGAAAGACUUCUACGUUCACACUCUGAGGACUCUGGAUCUGCUGGCUGCAGAUGCCGCUGCUAACGGAGAGACCGAGUCCUCGACUGCCGGGCUUCGAAUCAGUGCAGACGAGCUGCUCUGUCAGGUGCAUUAUGAUCUGGGAGGUAUUUUCUUCCAGCAAGGCUGCACGGACCAGCCAGCCUAUCAGAAAGCCCGGGAUCACUUCAGAGGGACAAAGGAGCUGUUGAAGAAGCUGGACUCCACCGUCCAUGUUCACCUGGAUGAGAAACGUCUGGCGGGUUACUGGAACGCCUGCAAAGCUCUGACCGAAGACUGUGACCCCUCAGACUCGCAGACGACAUCCUACGAUCAGAUCAACAGUGUGAUCAGGGCGCAAAACCACCAGGCUGUGAUUGAAGCCUUCAUCAAAGACAACAUGACGCGCAAUCUGCCGGUCCACUUCAGACGCUCUGUUCUCAGAGAGUAUAUGUACAAAGUCCAACAAGGAGAGUCCGGGCUGGACGAGGUUUGCCAUAAGUUGUGUGUUUGUAACGCCGUUCGGGAUGCUCUGGAAGGAGAGGUCCUCAGUGUGCGUUUCCAGCAGCUCCUCAUGAGACCCAGUAAAAGGAUGGUGGACUUCAUUUUAGAGGUCUGCACUCUGUCGCUGGAAAAGGAUCGUCCAUCUGAGACAUCUAGAAGGAACAUGGCAUGUUUCAUGAAGACUCUGUGUGAGAGCCUGGAGGAGCUGCCUCUGCUGUUUGUGGUGUCAUCUCAUAAACUCUUCAUGGAGCUGCUGACGGAGGAGGAGAGGAAGGUGCUGGUGGAGCAGAUGAGGAAGAGAUCUGCCACCAUCAACCUCAGUGCGAAACCUCUGCCUUCUUUCUACGACAUUCCAGCUUCAGCGAGUGUGAGCAUCGGGCAGCUGGAGCAGCAGCUCAUCCUCUUACUAGAACCACGCAGGAUCAGGCAGAUCCUGAUCGAACUGCACGGCAUGGCUGAGCGGCCUUUCUGGAGGGUGAACAGCAAGUGGGAAGUUCCUCCAGACUACAUCAAUGUGAUCCUCGGCAUUAAAGACAACCUGACGAAGGACCUGGUGUACAUCCUCAUGGCCAAAGGACUCCACUGCAUAUCUAUAAAGGACUUCGCUCACGCUCGGCAGCUCUUCUCCGCUUGCCUGGAGCUCGUCACUGAGUUCUCCCCAAAGCUGAGGCAGGUGAUGCUGAACGAGAUGCUGCUGCUGGAGGUCCGAGCCCACGAGACGAUGGCAGCAGAGGGCUGCAAGGAGAGACCUCCCUCCGACCUGGUCAGCAGGGUGAGAGGAUACCUGGAGAUGAGGAUUCACGACCUGCCUUUACGUCAGGUGGUUGGAGAGGAGUGUGUUGCCUUCAUGUUAAACUGGAGGGAGAACGACUACCUGACCUUGCAGGUGCCACCGUCUCUGGUCAUGAACAACCCGUACAUCAAGCUCGGUCAGCUCCUGGCCUCGACGUGCAAAGAGCUGCCGGGUCCUAAAGAGUGUCGGCGCACAGCCAAGGAGCUGUGGGAAGUGGUGGUUCAGAUCUGCAGCAUGUCCAUCCAGCACAAGAGGAACAGCGACGGCAGAGUGGGUCUCAUCAAACACAGAGAGUCCUCUAUGGGAAUACUGUACAGGAGCAAAUUCAUCACUUUUGUCAAGAAGCUGAGAGAGCCGCUGGUGCUGACGACCCUCAUCUCACUGUUUGUGAGGCUCCACAGCAUAGUGAGGGAUGAUAUUGUAAAUGAAGUGACCGCAGAACAUCUCACCAUCUGGCCUUCUACUCUGGCGAACAUACAGGCGGUCGAUGUGGAGGCUGUGGCUGUGACGGUCAAGGAGCUGGUGACCUACGCUCUCACUCUGAACCCCAACAACCAGUCGUGGCUCAUCACACAGGCUGAUAUCUACUUUGUGACCAAUCAGUACUCUGCUGCACUGAACCUUUACCUCCAGGCCGGAGCCGUGAGCUCAGACUUCUUCACUAAAACUGUUCCCCCUGACGUCUACACUGACCAGGUUCUGAAGAGGAUGAUCAAGUGUUGCUCAAUGAUGAACUGCCACACACAGGUUGCUGUCCUCUGUCAGUUCCUCAGAGAGGUCGACUACAUGACGGCAUUCAAAGCUCUCCAGGAACAGAACAGUCACGAUGCCAUGGACUCGCUCUAUGACUACAUCUGGGACGUCACCAUCCUGGAGUACCUCACACAUAUUCACCACAAGCGGGGUGAGACUGAAAAGAGACAAAUAGCAAUAAAAGCGAUCGGACAGUCUGAGCUCAACACCAGUAACCCCGAGGAGGUGCUGCAGCUGGCUGCACAGAAAAGAAAGAAGAGAUUCCUGCAGGCGAUGGCCAAACUGUAUUUCUAGAAGACAUGCGAGCCAGUCAGACUUCAGAGAGAGAGGGGGGGGGGCUGGGAAUGUACAUUUUUUAUUUUUUGGUAGAAAAUAAAUCUCUGAAUAAAUAC